AGGAUGUUAGAAGAAAUGAGGGAAUGAUGGAAACAAGCUUAGAGCAGCGUACAGGUAUGAAAGAUGGAGAGAAUGAUGAGUAUAUGAAGGAAAAACAAAAUGAAUACAUUCAGGAGAUAAAUGGAACAAAUAAACAAACUGAAAACAAUGAGCAGAAGGAAAUGACAGAAAGUAAAUAUAUGACCGAGCAUGGAAAUGACCAGAAGGCGAUACAAACAGAAAGCGCAAGAGAAAUGACUGGCAAGGUGGUAAAGAGUGAGAAGGAGAAAGAAUUCAUCAGUUUGCUUGAAAAGCUGGGCAUCAAGGAACCCUAUAAAAAAUCAAUGUGUAAAACAGAUGCAAUUGUUAUUAAGAAGAUGGCUCUUUGUGAAAUUCAGCCAAUGAAUAACAAGGAUCUGCCUUAUUUCUAUCUGGAAAGACUCAUUAUGAUGGAUUACAGAAUGAGAUAUUUAUUUUGUCAGGAAAUUGACUCAUCUACUUCAAGUGAGAGUCAGAAGAAAGGUCAGGUGGAUUUAUCACUUGAUGACUUUUUUAGUGACAACUGUGAGGAUGAAGAAGAGGUGGAUACACAUCAGUCAGGACACAUCCAUCCCAUGGAUCUCCAGAUGGCUCUUCUCCACUGUGCUGAUGACUUCCUGAAGCAGUAUCUGUAUUCCAAGCUCUCUCUCUGCCAGUAUGCUCUGCCAUUUUUGGUUCCUGAUCCUUGCAGCUCAAACAUUGAAUUUCCUUUGUGGUCUUUUCGUCAAAUUAAAAUCAGCUGCAAAGAUACAAACGCACAGAGCAGUAAAGUGAGUUCUGCGGUUCAGACAGACAUGCCGCUGGUAUCUUUUAUAAGACUUGGCUCAUCGUUAGUGUCUAAAUCUCAUAUCAUGAACAUGGUCCUGAACAGACAGAAGCACAACACCUUCUUCCAUCGACACUGCAAAGGCAGCAAGCGAGACAAUGUGCUGAUAGAUGGUGUGGUAGAGAUUGCCUGGUUCAGCUCUGGUGGCAGAAAGGAUGAUGUCUUUGAAGACUGCAUUGCAUUCACCAACCUACACGGAGAUGCCAGGCAAUAUGACAAGCAGGUCAAUUUCUUACUUGAGAUUUCUGCCGUCAAUGUGGUUUUCAUUUCAGAUUCAGGUCUGAAAGAACAGGAUAAAGUAUUCCUGAAGAACUUCUUUGAUUCACCACAACCACUAAUUUGCCUUCAUGCUGAUAAAGAAAUAAUUAAAGGGAGUAGAUCAGGGCAGAGAUUUAGAAUAGGAUUGAAGAACAGGAAUGAAGCAGAACUUACAGAGGAGAUCAUCUCCAUCCUCAAACAUUGUCUGUCCAUAUCAAAGAAGACGAUCCGAAUAGAAGCAUGCUCAGACAUUGCAAUGCGACAUGGCUUUGUUGUUGAUGAAGACAAUAAAGACUGUAGAGAAGGAAGAGCCCUUGCAGAGACUGUUGUGUGUCUGGUUAAAGACAAGAGCUUACUAGAAAGGAAGGAGGCAUUUCUGCCACUUCAGGGUCAUAUGUGGCACAAGUGGUGUCAGGAAGACAAAGAGCUUUACCGCUUGAAACAGAAAGGAAACAAAAGUAUUGAACAGUAUAGGAGUGAGAUUGAGGCUAGAAAGAAGAAGAUAAGGGAAGACCAAUUAAGGAGAGCUUUCCCACUAAAUGAUCUCAUGAAAAAUCUGAUUGAUAUCCUGCAUUCACAUUCAAAACCUAUUAAAAUGUAUUUUUUGCAAUGGCUGAAGGUCUUCCUGGAUGAACUGCUAGCAGAAUCCGUUCUUGGACUUCAGCAGCAAUACCACGAGACUUGGUUACAAAUGCAGACACUACAAAAUAAAUUAAACUCGCCCAAUGAGAUAAGUGAACUUCAGUCUUUAUUAGAUGAGUUGUCAAAUCAAAUCAGUGACUGUAUCUUUGAUCUCAAACACAUCUUGAGAGAAAUGGGCCAAAUUUUUGAAGCCUCUCAGACAGUGAAAACAAUUGAUGGUAACUGCAUUGCAUCACUGCCUGGAAUUGCAACUGAGCUCCUUAUAUCUGGUCAUCCUCUGGAACUCAUGGAUGGAGAUGCUGCCCAUGUACCUGUGAAGUGGAUUUGCUCAGUCUUGGAUAAAGUGCAGGAGAAGCUGGGUGAUGUGAAUCUUCUUGUAUUGUCCGUACUUGGCCUUCAGAGCAGUGGCAAAUCUACUUUACUGAAUGCCAUGUUUGGCCUGCAAUUUGAUGUGAGUGCAGGGAGAUGCACCAGAGGGGCUUUCAUGCAGUUAAUAAAAGUGGAUGAUGAAAUUCAAGCAGAGAUAAAAUAUGAUUAUAUUCUUGUAGUGGACACGGAGGGUUUGAGAGCAACAGAGUUGUCAAACAAGAAAUCAUUAAGCCAUGAUAAUGAGUUGGCUACAUUUGUUAUAGGUCUGGGCAACAUGACUGUAAUUAAUAUCUUUGGAGAAAAUCCCUCAGAGAUUCAAGACAUUCUUCAGAUUUCUGUUCAGGCUUUUUUAAGAAUGAAGCAAGUGAAUCUUUCUCCAAGCUGCCUCUUUGUCCAUCAGAAUGUUGAAGAGACUGGGGCUAAGGAUAAAAAUAUGGAGGCCAGACGCCGACUCCAGGAGAAACUGGAUGAGAUGACACGAGUUGCUGCAGAAGAGGAGGAGUGCAGUGUAAAAUGCUUCAGUGAUGUCAUCAGAUUUGAUGUAAACACACAAACUCAUUACUUUGCUCAUCUGUGGGAAGGCAACCCACCAAUGGCUCCUCCUAAUCCGAGUUACAGUCAGAAUGUCCAGGACCUCAAAAGAGUCAUUCUUAAUGCAGCCAUGCUACAAGAGAAUCAAAAGAUCCCAAAGAUUUCUGAUUUUAAAUUACGUGUCCAGGACCUCUGGAGAGCUCUUCUCAGUGAAAAUUUUGUUUUCAGUUUUAGAAACUCAUUGGAGAUUUCAACAUAUCAUAGGCUGGAAGUGAAAUACUGUGAAUGGACCUGGGCACUGAGAUGUCACGUACUAGAACUGGAGAAUAAACUUGUCAAUGAAAUAGAAAAUAAUUCUAAAACCAAAACAGAAAUUAGUAAAGAGGUUAAUCAGACAUAUAACAGAGUGAAAGAGGACAUUGAGAAGUAUUUCAAACAUGAGAGAAACCUGGAAAUACUUGUUCAAUGGAAAGCCAACAUAGAGAUGAAAUAUGAACAACUGAGGGAUCAGCUCAUUGAGGAAUUGAACAGAAAAUGUCAGAUAUUAAUACAGGCAAAGCAAAGCCGCAAGAGGGUGGAUGAGAAUAGUACCAGACGUGAGCAGAAUCUGUUGAAGCAAAGUAAAGAUUUGGCAGAAAAACUGAGAACCAAAAACCCUAGUGAAACAGUGAUGCAGGAGGAGUUUGAAAAGCUUUGGGAGGAAUGGGAGAAAGACACUGCCAGAGACUUCACUCCUCCUCCUGAGAUUGAUAUUGCAGGUGACAUAGAAGCCAUCCUUCUUAGCCAUUUUAAACGCCACCCUUAUGUAUGUGAUAAAGUUCAAAACAGAAAAGCAAUGGAUGAGACUCUUGACACCCCUUCAAGUUAUAAUCCUCUUGAAUUAGCAACAAAGUUUAUGGUUUACAUGAAACAAACGUGGAAUGAAUUCAAUGCUAGGAAACCAAAGCAAACUAAGACAAAAAUGUCUAAAGGUUUAAUGUUAGAAGACUACAAGCAGACAGAAAGUAUAACAAAUAAAAUCACAGAGGCAGUUAUGAAUUACAUACAUGAAAAAGAGAAGGAGAAGGUUGAUUAUAGUCCAAACCACAUGCAUGGAGUUUUAUCCAUUAUAUCCAAUGGCUUAGAAGCUUCCAGUUCACAAAUUCCAACAUUCCAAUAUAAAGAGGAGUACAGGUUUGACUUAUCUCUUCAUUUAUGUGAAGUGGCAACCUUCAGGUUCACAAAAAUGCAUCAAGCGUUCCGUGCAGCCAAUGACCCACUUCUCUACUUAAAGAGCAUGAAGGACACUUACUACAAAAUGUUUAAGACUCUUUGUAGAGGAGCGUCGUCUGUCACUAUAUUUGUUGACUUCCUGUCAAGUAAACUUGAGGCUGCCUUACAUCAGGCUGUUGUGGAUCAAGUCUGCAUUGACAUAGCAAAUGAGAUGAGGCAGAACUGCCCGCAACUUAAAGAAAGUAAAAUCAAUUUAGAAUACCACCUGUUGAAAGACAUGGCAGAGAAGGAGGACUUUAGUAGAUUCUGGGAUUACAUUAGCAUUCCAAAGUAUUUUUUUCAAAACUACAUAAAAACCUGUGUUUAUAAUUAUUGCAGGGACAAUAAGUUAAUAAAACCACUUUCUGAAAAGAGACUUGAAGAACUGAAGUCUAUAGUUUUAACUGCCAUUUCUAAAGCAACAACAACUGCUCUGACAUCCCUGACAAACAACAAGAACCCAGAGGAAAGCAAAUUGUCUAAAUGGCUGGAUGUGUUCUGUGAAGAACUUGAAAAAUGCUUAAAAUUACCAAGAAACACCUUGACACAUAUGGAGGAUGAGGAAAUCAGUGACAUGGACUUACUACAGGAGUCUCUAACAAAAGCACUAGCGACAUCAGUAGAAAAUAUCAGUAAGAAGUUUGCUUCAGCUGCAUUGGUUGACUUGAGGAAUGCAAAACAACAGCCAGAGGACAGUCUCUUUACACUCCUAAGUGGGUGCUGGGAGCAGUGUCCUUUCUGUGCUGCCAUCUGCACAAACUCAAUUGAAGGCCACAGUGGAGACCACAGUGUGCCUUUUCACCGACCUAAGGCAGUGUAUGGUGGGUGGUGGUACAAAACAGAUCAUUUUGUCAUUGAUAUUUGCACUAGUCUUGUUGCAAGUGACUGUUCCAUUGUGCUGAGUGACACACAUCGUGUUCCAUGUAAACAAUACAGAAAAGCAGGGCCAAAGUAUGAAAGAUGGAGAAUUCUACCUGAUGAUUCAGAACUCAAAUACUGGAAGUGGUUUGUCUGCCGUUUCCAAAAGGAACUGGAGGACAAGUACCAGAGAAAGUUUGAGGACCGGGGUAAAAUUCCUUAUCAGUGGAAGCAAAUUAAAAAAACAGAAAUUUUUGAUGAACUUUAAGCAUUUUUAUAAAUUCUAAAAUGCUAGCAGUAAUACAGUAUUACAUAAAAUUUUAAUUGUGAUUCGAUGCCACAUUACUCUAACCUUCAUCAGAAUUGCUUUAACAUUUUAAGUGCAUGCAUGUGUUUGAAACUUUUACAACUCCCAUGACCAUGGUGACAUAUCAGGAUGACGAAAAUGCAAAAGGCAAUGAGCAUAUCCCAUCUUUAGAACAGUGCUUUAGUUUGAGGAAGUGAUAAUAAAGAGGAAAUGUACUUUUGAACUCCCUGGAAUAAUAUUCUUUUCCAAAUCAGAAACAAUGCACAAUCUAAACCCUUCCCUUCACAAGGUUGCUGAGCCUCCUACUCACCACUUACCUUUUGUAGAAGAUAUACCCUGAGUUUUCGUUUUAUUGUAUAUGACGAUGCUCUAGCUUUCAUGAUGUUUUAUUAUGUGGCUUUCAACUGCUUUGCUAUAAUAUAUUAAAAAUGAAAAAGCUAGUCCAUGGCAAUGGCAGUAUGGCAGGCAUGCUUGUAACGGGUGUUCAGACAUGGCAUGGCAGCUUUUGGUGUAAUUUAACAAUAGGUUUAUACUGAGCAGUAACAUAUACUGCAUGUUAUACUUUAAAUGGCUUUUCAGACAUAUGUAGUCUAUUUUACUUUAUAAAUAUAUACAGUUUAUAAAAGUGUUUUGCCUAUACAAGGAAAAACACUUAGUGUAAUAUCUCACACUGUAUGGAAUAACUUUAAGCUCGAGUCUUCAGCGAUAAGACAAGACCAUUUUAUACCAUGGAACAGAUAAGGCCCAAGGUUAAGUAAAAAAUCUUUUAUUUAGUUAAAAGGAUACCAGAUUUCUUGUUAAAGAGAGGAAGGGAGAAAUGUGUGACUGCUUAGAAUAACUACAUCAUUAUAAAACUAACUUAUAAAAACACUACUUCAAUUAACUGGUAAAGAGUAUUGGACACACCCUGCUGCUGAAUGUUUGACUGUUACAAUUUUAUAGCAUCUAAGUGGAAUUUUUGUGAUGUUAUUACCAACCAGCCUUUACUCCUUUUCUAAAUGAAGUGAUUGGACAAAUAAAAAUAAAUAAACAGCGAGAGAUAAAA